AUGAAGCUCACCUUCGUCGCUCUCGCGCUCGUCGCAGGAGCUUCCGCUCGCACCUUCCACGUGGUCAACAAGUGUUCUUUUACCAUCUGGCCCGCCAUCUUCACCGACCAGACUUCGCCCGGCAGGAUCACCUCGCGGCCGAACGGCUGGAAGCAGGGCGCGCACACGACCGUCUCCUUCGCCGUGCCCGACAACUGGCAGAAGGGCCGCAUCUGGGGCCGGCGCGACUGCGACUUCAGCGGCCCGAACCCGGGCCCGAACUCGUGCGUCGACGGCGGCUGCAACGGCGGCCUCGUGUGCGACGCGAAGACCGGCACCGGCGUCCCGCCCGCGACCCUCGCCGAGUUCACGCUCAGCGGCGCGGGGAACCUCGACAACUACGAUGUCUCGGUCGUCGACGGCUUCAACCUGCCCAUGAGCAUCACGAACAACCACCAGGACAAGUGCCACGUCGCCAGCUGCCCGGUCGACCUCAACCCGGACUGCCCCAAGCCGCUCAAGGGCCCCUUCGACAAGAGCGGCAAGGCCGUAGGCUGCAAGAGCGCCUGCGAGGCUCACCUCGCCCCUGACCCCAACAACGACCCGAACUGCUGCACCGGCAGUCACAGCUCCCCCAACACGUGCAAGAAGGGGGGCGUGCAGUUCUACGACUACUUCAAGAGCAGGUGCAAGAAUUCGUACGUGUUUGCGUUCGACGAGCCGAGCGGGACCGCGCUUUGGACCUGCCCGUCCGGCCUCAAGGCGGACUACACCAUCACCUUCUGUCCGUGA